CAACUACAUAAGCGCAGUGGACUUAUUAUACCCGUCAACUUGAAGUAUUCCGAAGCGGCAAGCUCGGUGAGGGCUGCUGAGGCUCAAGAUUCGAUAUACACGGUUUAUAACCUGUCGCCCAAGACUACGGACCUGAAAGCACGCAGGAACUUUUCUCCAGGAUGAUAUCUGACUCCCUUUUUGGCUGCCUUCCACGGCGGAGGGGCCAGUUUAUCCUCGGAAUCUCAGUGUUUCUGCUGCUCCUCUUCUACCCCUUCCGCUCAUCCAUCGUACCCUCUGUCUUGCCGCCAUCUGCGCCUCUAAUCGCUCGUCCGCUGUCCGCUCGCACUCUGCUAUCGCGCCCGCUAUCCCGCGACGUGACUACGAUCCCUAAGAUAAUCCAUCAGACAUGGUUCCCCGCGGGUAGCAAUAUGAGCGAGCGUGCUCAGGUCUGGGUUGAGGGCAUGCGUGCCCAAAACCCGGACUGGGAAUACGUGCUCUGGGACGACGAGACAAAUCGAAUGCUUGUUGAAAAGUAUUGCCCUUGGUUUCUCGAAGCCUAUGAUAGUCUCCCGAAAGAGAUUCUCCGGGCUGAUGUCGUUCGCAAUUUGUAUAUGUAUCUAUUCGGCGGGAUGUAUGCCGAUGUGGACACUGAAGCCCUGCGUCCUGUUGCGCCACUGUUUACUGGACACGGAACCGCGCUUGCCGCACAUCAGGAUACCCUCUCGGCGACAGCACUAUUCCAAAACGCCAACGUGCAACGGGCAUUCCUGGGACGUAUGGCCCGCACUGUGGAUAUUCUGAGCUCCGCUGCGGUUCCCAACGGCUGGAUGGCAUCACCUCCCGGUCACCCGUUCUGGCUUCUCCCUGUUCUCAACGUCAUUGAACACCCAGAGGGAACUGGUGACGGGUCCGUUGAAGGACUUACUGGACCCGGUGCGCUGAGCUUGAUGAUUAAAAAGUACUGGGACAACUUCAAGGACCGUUCGCUGCGGCAGCAUGCAUGCGACACGAUCCAGCGGCGACAGCCAUCGUGGAAGUUGUUCUGCGAUGAGAGCGAGAUUGUUGGUGGUAAGACUGUGAAAGACGCGUUGGUGCUUCUGCCAGAGAAGCAAAUCUACCCUUUUAGCUGGGUGGAUGAUGCGAAUCAUGCUUCUGUUUGCCAGGCAGCAUGGGAGAACCCAACUUUCGAUCCGGAGGAGUGUAAGCGACUCAUGGAUGUGGACGCCUGGCCUAGCUACUUUAUUACCUAUUGCACGCAUUCUUGGUGAGGCGUGGAUAGUAAUUCUUCAUAGCAUAAUAUUAAGUUUUUGAAUUUAC